UGUUCGGUUCAAAAAAUAUAUUUAUAUUUAGUAUUUCUUUCUUAGGUAUAAUCAGUAGAUUUAUAAGAUAUUAAAAAACGCGCAUUGUGCAGAAAGAGUGCACGUAUACGUUAGAGACGUGACCCAUGAUAAACUAAAAAUAAUACAUAAAAUAUAAAACUAAUAUUUGUAAUUCCUUAAGCUUGUUUCAUUUGUGAGGUAAAAUAUUCAAGAUGAAAUUUAUUGUUGUAUUUUCCUUGUUGGUCAGUUUAGCACUAGUCCAAACCACCUUAAUUAUACCUUCAAUAAUAUUAGGUACGGUUGCUCUCAAUAAACUCGCCAAGGUUGCUCAUAUUCCUAGCAUUGCCAAUGUAGACGCAGAAGUUGAAGCUAACGUCCUUGGGCAAAAAGUUAAUGCAGAAGCAGCUUAUGGGGUCGGCGAAAAUAGUUCUGGGGCACAUGCUGGUAUUAACGGAGACAUUCUUGGUCAAAACCCCAAUAUUCAUGGAGAUAUCGUGGACGGGCACAAUCAAGGAAUCCACUCUAAAGAAAUAUACAAAGAUGAAGAUGGUAGAUAUUAUGUUUUAGUUAAACAAUAUGUAGGUAGUGAUUCCUAUUAUGUAAGACGAUACUUGACUGAAGUGGAAAUCAGACGAUACAUGGCAAUCCAAAAUGGAAAAAGCUAUGAACUGAACUUCGACACAACUAACCAUAAAAUCGGUUUUAAUUCACGUCCUGCUGAACCCAACAGAGAGUUAAAUUAUCUCAACAGAGUGGAACAGUUUCACGCUCCUCCUACUGGAGAACGUUAUUACGUUCAACCUCAACCUAGGCGACCUGUUUAUUAUAAAUUUGGACCUAAAGUUUAUAACGAUGAUGUUCCACAACCUGAAAAUUAA